UUCACCCAUCACUUGUACAUGUCUGCUUCCACAGUUCUCAUUUCUCCUGAGGAUGCAUCUGAGCCACAUGGAGAGCCUGCCUGUAAGCCACCCAAGUCAUCAGGGAGCACAGAGGUCGUCCUGGAAGCCGUGGCUCCUCUGCUCUACAGUUCUGUUGCUAUUGCUUUGCUCUCUCAGUACAUUAAUCCUUACUUUCCUGCCACUCAAGCAAACAGCUAAGGAGCCCUGUGUUGCUAAGUUUGGACCAUUACCUUCAAGAUGGCAAAUGGAAUCUCCUAAACCUUCUUGUGUGAACAAGAUCUCGGACUGGAAGCUGAAGAUACUUCAGAAUGGCUUAUAUAUAAUUUAUGGUCAAGUGACUCCUGAUCCAACCUACAAGGGAUUUGCUCCUUUUGAGGUGCAGCUAUGUAAAAACAAAGAAGCCAUGCAAACUCUAACAAACAACUCUAAAAUCCAAAAUUUAGGAGGUAUUUAUGAAUUUGAUGCUGGAGAUAUAAUAGAGUUGAGAUUCAACUCUGAUGAUCAGGUACUAAAAAACAAUACAUACUGGGGGAUUGUUUUACUAGUAACUCCCCAAUUUAGCUCCUAGAGAUUUGGUUUUAUCUUCUCACUCCUUUCAACACAUAGAUGCCAAGAGGUGGGUUAGAGGGGAACGUUUUCAAUGUCUACAGUUUGGGUAUAGAAAUCACAAAGAGAACUCCUCUGCGUGUGAAUUUCACUCUCUCAUGCUUACAUGAAAAAGAUACAGAGAAAAGGUCACACGAGUUUCAGUUAUGCCUGCUGUUGGGUCUACAAAGAGACUUCACUAAUCCAUGACGAAGUGAAUAUGGAUGGCAGAAGACAAAAGAUCUUAGAGUUGAUGUAUUCUUCUUAAAUCUAUGAGUGGAAAAAUGAUGUCUUCUUCCCAUGGGAGCCUAGUCUGGUGUGCAGAAUGGAUCAAGAAAGGCAGCCUGGUCUUGCUCUCAUACCAUUAUACUGCUUUGCUUCAUCUUUCCCAUAUUUCCAUCCUCAGAGACACCACCAAUAAGAAGUAGUCAGAUUAGCAGGGUGGUCAGAUAUGUCAAUGAUACCCUACUUUAGAUGCAGUCAUAUUAGAGGAGAGAGAAUUCUCUGACAGCCACUGGGACAAAGGCCCAGGAGGCAUGACGAGGACUGUACCUUACUGGGAAUUCCCUAGUUUCAUCAUACUCAAGCUGCAGGUGCUUUAUAAGCCAAAUUGGUCAAAAGGGUCAUUCUGAACCUUCAUCUAAGGCUUCAUGAGAACUCACUGUAUGUGUCUAAACACUGCCAGUAGUAAAAAGGGUGCAACCACUAGUAAUAAUUGGAUGUAACCUCAGAAAUUGCUACCAAUUACUAUAUUGGGUAACAUAUGGUUUCACACUUUUAGUUGGCUUUUCAUAGUUUACAAAGUGUCUUCGUGUGUCAUAUGACAACUGUAGGAAGUUAAAUGAGGAAGAUGUUUUUGACAAAAUUUUAAUAGUGAAAAUAUGGAAGCCAUUGGAACAUUGGUAAUUUUGCCUUAACUCCUAGAACUAUGGUUAACAGACCCUGUGGGAAUCUACUGCAUCAGUUCCUGCUUUAGAAGUUGUAUUUCUGCUACUACAUCAUAUCUUAAUCAGCGUUAGCAAAUUCAAUUUUUAGAGAUGUAUUCUUCUUUAGAUAGAGAUGGGAAGAGUGAAUGUCCAACAGAUCCUACCUUUACCAGCUCACUUCUUAUCUUUUCUCUGCCUGGAGCAGGGAGUUCCAAGGUGCUUUCUCCAAUCAAAUCCCCUCCCUUACCUUGCAAAACCCAUCUAAGCCAGUGUGCUAACUUCUAAAAAUAACAAAUAGCAUUCAAUCUAAAAGUUUUGAACUCUAUUAAAUUUGCUACUUGUAAGUGCUUGUUGAAAGGCAUGUUAUACUACAUUUUAGAUCAAUAUAAAAUAUUUAUGGAUAUUUGUGAAAACUAUAUUGUUAAUAUUAUCAUAGAUAAAGUUAAUUAAAAAAUAUUUUAUUAUGUACAUGCUACAAAAAUUUAUUGGAAUAGAUUAUAUCUGAUUCCAAGUUGUUUCUUAGUAAAUCUUCUUAAAAAAUGUCUGCUGAAUAGCCAUAGGGCCAAAGACUUUGAUAUCUUAUUCCUCUUGCAUCAAAGUACAUCAGAAAGUUUGUGGAAAGUGGAAUUAAAAGAUAAAUUUAUUUGGUUCAAAAAAGUUUUGCAGUGUAUUACUUUUUUUCAUAAUCUUUAUUUUCCAAUAACUUUUUGAAAGUCCUUCAUAUUUACAUAUCUUGUUAGGAAAUUAAGGUUGUGUUAAUAUAUAUUUAUAGAAACUUUUAUGCAUUUUUGUUGUAUUGUAAGAAGUAGUGUGCUGGGGUGGGCUAGCACUAGCUCCUAAGAGUUGCUUGUUAAACUUGCAGGAAUUUUGCGUUCUGUUUAUUAAUACAACUGUCAUUGAACUUGGCUGUGGUGAGACUAUUUAUACCAAGAGAACCGAUAAACACUAAACAUGAGGGGUUUUGUUUUGGGACAGCUCAUUUAUCAGUACAUCACUGUUCAUAAAAAACAAAAACAAAAAGCUUCUCUUUAACGACUCCUCUGUGCCCCUGCCUCAUUCUUGGGACAAUCAAUAUCCACUAUGAUUGGAAAAAGCUGAACAUAGUCAUUCCUCAGGGAAAAUGGAGACUUCUGCAGCUGUAACCAGCAGGAUGGCUACCAACAGACUGUCUUCGAAUUUUCCUGGUGUUAUCAUUUCAACCUGUUUUAAGUAUGUACUCUGUUUCCUUAUUUCUUCAUAUAUUAGUUUUUUAAACUAUAAUAAAACGUAGACUAGCAACUGGACUGUAGCUGAUUUAUCUGU